AUGUUGAGUGUUUAGGAGCCAUUCGUUUUAAAUUAAAUCUGUGUUAAAAUGCGUUUGCUUACUUUGGUUGUGAUUUUUGCUAGUUUUUAUAUGGCAUUUUGUGAAAAAGCUCGUUUUGAUAAUUAUCGUGUAUAUUCAAUGAUUGUUGAAAACGAAGAGCAACUCCGGAUUUUACAAGAGCUCGAAAACCAUCGAGAUGGGAUCGAAUUUUUGGAAUCACCCAAUUCAAUCGGUGAUUUCACCGAACUAAUAGUGCCGCCACACAAACUUGCUGAUAUAAACGAUUUAUUUGAAAAAUACGAAAUAAAAUCUCUGGCCAAAUCAAACAAUUUGCAAAAAUUAAUUGAUGAAGAGCAGCCUCAGUUUUCGUCACGAGCAACAUUCAGCUGGGAAAAGUACUAUGAUUUGGAUGAUAUUUAUAAAUGGCUCGAUGAAAUGCUGGAAGAAUAUCCAAAUGAACUUACAAACUACAACUACGGUACAUCAUAUGAAAAUCGACCACUUCGUGCCAUCAAAUUUUCCAGAAAAUCGGGUAAUCCACUUAUUUUCAUUGAAUCCACAAUCCACGCAAGAGAAUGGGUCACAGCAGCGACCGCAACAUAUAUUCUGAACGAAUUGGUAACGUCUGAUGAUCCAGAGAUCAAAGAAUUGGCCGAUAAUUAUGAUUGGGUCAUCAUUCCGGUAUUUAAUGUCGACGGUUAUUCUUAUACACAUUCGAAGAAUCGCUUAUGGAGAAAAUCACGAUCAUCAAAUGGGUUGUAUCCAUUCUGCGUUGGAACGGACCUAAAUCGAAAUUUCGAUUUUCAUCACGCCGAGGCUGGUGCUUCAAGAAAUCCGUGCUACGAGACCUAUGCAGGAACGAAGCCGUUUUCUGAAAAAGAGACACAGGCAUUGGCUGAAUUCGUUAGCAAUUUUGAUAACAUUAAGAUGUAUAUAUCAUUUCAUUCUUAUGGCCAAAUGCUACUGUUCCCAUAUGGACACACCAAAAGCCACGCAAAGAACUUUCAUGAUAUGAAUGCAAUUGGAUUGAAAGCCAAAGAAGGAAUUAAGAAACGUUAUGGAACGAAUUAUAUCGUUGGCAGUAUUGCGGAAGCUAUUUAUCUUGCGUCAGGCAGUUCUAUCGAUUGGGCCUAUGCUCAACGAAAUGUAUCUUUAACAUACUCGUUUGAAUUUAGAGAUGCUCGCAACGGUAAUUAUGGAUUCAUUUUGCCCGCCAAUUUCAUCAUUCCAAAUGCAGUUGAAGUACUUGAUGGCUUGAAAGCAAUGACUAAACAAGCAAAAUCGCUUAAAUACUUUUAGUUCUAAUCUUAUGUACAAAUACACUUUUUAAACAUAUUAAGUUCAACAAUAAAGGUUAAUAUUUUUAUUGAUCAUGUA